AUGCCAGAGUUCAGCGGGGAUCUUGUAGGACACUCAGUGAAGAAUGGCCUUCAGGAGUCGCUGCUCAUUCCUCAAUCCCACCCUUUCUCUGCAUUGCAGAAAGCUUGGCUGGGUAGCCUCCUAUUCCUUGCCACGUUGGUGAUAGCAUCCAAAGCAGAAUGCACUAUUAGAACCUAUGAGAGACUUCCAAACCAAACGGAUGAUGAAUGCACGGAUACCAAAGGAAUCAAGCAUGCCCUCUACACUCCCUGGAAGUUGGAAUGCUUGUGGUGCAUAUGUGACCAAAAGUCAAUCCUCUGCUGUAGCAACACUCCUAGGCCUCUGGGCUAUGACAAAGAAAAGUGUGAAAAAGACUUCUACCCAGAGAACUGCACCUAUGGUGUGAUGGAACGGGAGAACCCAGGAAAGAUCUGUCCAGUUUUUUCCUGGUUAUUAUAAAUGUGCUUCAUGUGGGCCCAAAAGUGGAGCAACACUUGAACCUUGUAUGAUUUAAAUUUACCAAUUAUAAGCUCAUAAAGAGAUGACCUACAAUCCCAGCACUCAG